CAGCGUCGUCCUCGCUGACCUCCUCCUUCUCCAUUCUUUCCCAACAGGGAGGAGGACCAUCAGCCAUGCUCAGCACAGCACGAUUAUCCCUAUUCAGCGGCGCACGCCCAUCAUGUUCCCGCUCUCUCUCCACCACCUCUCUGUGCUCAGCUGCAGUGGCCGUCGCACCCACACGCAUAACCGCAUCGAUGAAGCAACUUCUUCCUCCCAAAAAAUCGCCAUUCGUACGCAUUGACGGCCCUUACAAAGUGUACAAGCCCCUGACACCGAGUAUCCGCCAUCGCCGGGACGUGUACAACCCGCACUUGUACACCGGCGCGCCUAUCCGCGUGCUCACGGUAGCGAAGCGCAAGACCGGAGGGCGCAACAAAGCUGGCAGAAUUACGGUGCGGUCUGUUGGUGGAGGAGCGAGACAGAGGAUCAGGAUCGUCGACUUCAAAAGGAGCGAACCUGGGAAAUGCGACGUGAUACGGAUCGAGUUCGACCCCCGCCGUUCGGCACAUAUCGCUCUCAUCCGACAACGUAACCCUAAAGCGAAGCAGGUUUUUUCGUACAUCCUUGCGCCAGAUGGGAUACGCGCGGGGGACGUGGUGGAGAGCUUUAGGUAUGGGAUACCCGAUGGAUUCGUGGAGGGAUUUAUUGAUGAGAGGAAGAGUAUUCCCCCACCAAAGGAAGAUAAAGGGAGAAAUCGAGGGGAGAAGCACACGGCUCCGGCGGUUGUGGAGGAGCCAUCAUUAUCCAAGCCAAAAGAGCCGGAAUACGACGAGGACAGCGUGGCGGAGCUGGAGGCGGAACUGGCCGCGUUAGAAGCCGCGGCUGAACAGGAAGCACUGGAGGCGCAGGCACUCAAGGCAGAACACGAGGUAGAAGAAGGCGGUGCACUUCCCCCUGUAGAAGAACUGGAAGAGAGCAUCGAGGCCGAAGACGGCGCCGGCACGGAAGGCGAGUUCCUUCCCGAUCCAGCUGCUGCCCUUGACAGGACCCCACCGCAAGGAGCUAUCGAUGCCCAGCCAGACUUUCAGCAGCCUGCCCAGCCUGUGAGUCGUCUCAACCCCGCCGUGCAAGCUAAGAUGGCCGAGCACGUUCGUGGCGCAACAGCGACGACUUCUCAGCUCGCGCUCGGUGUGCUCCGCAUGACCACUAUCAAGCCUGGCAACGUCCUCCCUCUGCGACUCAUUCCCCGCGGAGUGCAGAUCCACAACAUCUCUCUUCACCCCUACGGCCCUAUGAAACUCGUGCGAAGUGCGGGCAGCUAUGGAGAAGUGGUCGUCCAUGAGCCGGAUGGGAAGUAUUCACAUGUGCGACUGCAGAGCGGGGAGGUGAGGAAGAUCGGACAAGAGUGCUGUGCCACUAUUGGAAAGGUCAGCAACGAGCAUUGGAAAGGGAGGAUGCUUGGCAAGGCGGGGAGGAGCAGGAGGCUCGGUAUAAGACCUCACGUCCGUGGUGUGGCCAUGAACGCUGUCGACCAUCCCCACGGAGGAGGACGUGGGAAAUCGAAGGGUAACAAGCACCCACGCUCUAUCUACGGCUG